AUGAAUGGGUAUAAACCCUUCGUAAGGCCCUUUGCAAAGGUCUUCCUCGGCGCGAUCUUCACGUACCAGGUCAUCUACUGGACGUGGUUGAAGUUGGAGAUGGACGAGUCCAAGGUGGAGAAAAAUAAAGAGGUGGAGAUCCUGGAGGCAAAGGCGAGGGAGUUGGCUGGGAUCAAGAAAUAA